UCGGCACUUCGGCAGCGCGCGCACGCAUUAAUACUGUUUUGCGUCUGUGAGAGAACUGGCGGCUUGCGCGCCGCGGUCUGUACGAGUACGUGCGUGCGAAUGUGUCUCGAUGCGCGUACGCGAGCCAGUGCGCUAGUGUAGUGUGUACGCUUGUGUGAGUGUGUGUGCGCGCGCGCGCGCGUGUGUGUCAGGUGUGUCGGUGUGUCUGUGUACGUGUGUGUGUGAGUGAUUAGAGAGCGAUAGCAUCGUUCCGUGAGUUAUGUACGGUUUUCUCGCCACCGUGGUAUAAACUUGAGUGUGUGCAUGUGUGUGUGUGAGCGCCGUGCGAACUUUUUGCCCAGGAGCGAUUCGUUGCCGUCGUCGCCGCAGUUUCGCCGCAGUUGACUGUUUUUCGCGUACGCGUUUUUCACACGCGCGGCCCGCCAUCGGUUUUUCUUUUUCGCGCCGCGUCCCCGUCGGACAUCAUUCGUGUGUGCCGAUUGCCGACGCCACCACCGCUGCUGCCGUCGUUGUGUUUAUCAUCCGGUCGGUCGGUCACCCGCCCUCGCGACAACAACCUCGACGUUUGCCGUCGCCACUGCAACCGCCAUCCAUUGCGGCACUUACGUAUUGUGUUACUGUGUUAAAACAACAAACAAUAUAUUGUUAUUGGGUUGCUUCGUCAUACUAGGUUGAAAAUUCAAGAUGUCUGUUUAUUUUAUCGUGUAAGAUAAGAUAGCUUUAUAAUAUUAUGACAACUGUUUCUAAACAAUGAAUCAUCUCAAUUAGUGAUUUAUUCUCGGAUUUAUCAAAUUUUAACAUUUUCAUAAUUUUUAUAAAAUUAUUUGUAUUCUCUGCAUAAUUAUUUCAAGUUAUUUAUAAAGACUGUAGUGYGAUAGUAAAUCCAAUAAAAAUUAAUUGUCACUACUCGGCAUACGGACAAUGUUCAUUAAAUAUGCUAGUUUGAUUGUAUCACAACAGCAUCAUAAAUAUCAACAAAACGACGGUCAAAAACCACACCGACGUUUCAUUGCUUCAAUACUCAAUAACGAUCCAAACAAACUGUUUUCAUAUAGGCCAAUAGUUGUUGGUUUAUACAGUUGUUAACUGAAAUAAAAGGUUAUUCUUGAAAUACAGUUAACAAAAUGCAAUUAUAUCAAGAAGAGCAAUAUUAAUAAAAUAGUAAUUAUAUACAUUAUAUAUAUUGUGUUUCUAUCGUUUAAUUGACUAUAGUCACAAAAAAUUUAUUUGAGCUCUGAUCAUCUGUAAAAGAAAAAAAGAUUUCGAAUUUGCUUAUAUAGAGCAUGUCAAACACGGCGACUACUGCUUCUAGUGCUGGUAGUGCUGCUAGCAGUGGAACUACUGCAUCAACUGGUGCGGCCACAACAUUUGUCGACCGCAUCGACCCGUUCACAAAGAUAUCUGUGUUAAAACGCAAAACAAAGCGUUCACAGGGCUCAUCGUCUUCUUCUAGAUACCGUACGUGUUCAGAUGUCGAAUUACAGCCUUUACCAUUGUUAAAGGAUGUAACUGCUCAGGAACAAGAAGAGUUAAUGAUAAGAAAACUCCGACAGUGUUCAGUGCCUUUUGAUUUUAUGGAUCCCAUGGCAGAACUCAAGGGCAAGGAAAUAAAGCGUGAUACAUUAAAUGAACUGGUUGAUUAUGUAUCAACGUCACGGGGUGUAUUGACAGAAAAUAUGUAUCCAGAAAUCAUUAAAAUGAUUUCUUCAAAUUUGUUCAGAACACUGCCGCCCAGUGAUAAUCCAGAUUUUGAUCCUGAAGAAGAUGAUCCUACAUUAGAAGCAUCAUGGCCUCAUUUAACACUUGUUUAUGAAUUGUUUUUACGCUUUUUGGAAUCUCCAGACUUUCAACCAGCCAUUGGCAAGAAAGUCAUUGAUCAGAAAUUUGUGUUGCAGCUCCUUGAAUUAUUUGAUACGGAGGAUCCACGGGAGAGAGAUUUCCUCAAGACUGUGUUGCAUCGCAUUUAUGGAAAAUUCCUGGGCUUGCGUGCUUUUAUUCGCAAGCAAAUCAACAAUAUAUUUUUAAGGUUCAUUUAUGAAACGGAACAUUUCAAUGGUGUUGGUGAACUAUUAGAAAUAUUAGGAAGCAUUAUCAAUGGGUUUGCACUUCCUUUGAAGAACGAACACAAGCAGUUCCUGGUUAAAGUGCUUAUACCUCUGCACAAAGUCAAAUGUUUAAGUCUGUACCAUGCACAAUUAGCGUACUGUGUAGUUCAAUUUAUUGAAAAAGAUAGUUCUUUAACUGAAUCUGUCAUUCGAGGCCUACUCAAGUAUUGGCCGAAAACUUGUAGCCUAAAAGAGGUUAUGUUCCUCGGUGAAAUGGAAGAAAUACUCGAUGUUGUUGAACCAUUACAAUUUCAAAAAAUUGAAACUCAUCUAUUUAAACAAAUUGCUCGUUGCGUAUCCAGUGCUCAUUUUCAGGUUGCCGAACGAGCGCUAUAUUUGUGGAACAACGAAUACAUUAUGAGUCUGAUCGAAGAAAAUAACCAGACAAUCAUGCCAAUCAUGUUUCCAGCGCUAUACCGUAUCAGUAAAGAACAUUGGAAUCAAACCAUUGUAGCAUUAGUUUAUAAUGUACUGAAAACAUUCAUGGAAAUGAAUAGUCAACUUUUUGACGAAUUAACUGCUAAUUAUAAAGCAGAACGACAAAAAGAGAAGAAAAAGGAAACAGAACGUGAAGAGUUAUGGAAACGAUUGGCACAACUCGAAAUAUCAUCUAGUGGCCGUGGUAAACCAUCUGCAGCAUCACUAAUAUCAGUAGAUAAUAAUAAUAAGACUAGUAGUAACAAUAGUUUGGAUUCUCUACAAACAACUGUAACAACGGCAGCUGCACCAAUAGCAGCAUCUCCAAUUGCAGCACAACAACAGUAG